GGCGGAGGGACGCACCCCCUCAUUAAGUCUUCAGCCUGGUCCAGUGCAGACAGUGCAGCGCGUCUCCCAGUCACACUCAGGGCUGAAUAGCUUCUAGUGUACUAGAUAGGAAACGUUUCCUUCAUUAGCGACAGGGGGCGCUGUUCCUGUAGCUUGCUGAGAAGGCUAGUUGAACAGCAGGCCCUGCUCGCUCAGUAUCACUCUGUUAGGAUGGAAGAAGACCUGGAGUCCAGAGCAGAGACCGCAGAGACCACAGUGACCAGGAGCAGCAAAAGUCCCACACUGGAGGAUCUGGGCCUCUCACACUCUGCUCUGGCUUAUGACAACAAAUUUGUGUGCUCUCCUCCAGGAUUGCUUAUGUUUGGAGAAAUAGUUUGUGGACUGCUUGUGUGGACUCUUCUAGGUGGGACUGAGUAUUUGCGGGUGCCAGCUCUGGGCUGGGUGAUGUUUGUGUCAGUGGUUUGCUGGGUGCUGACUGUCUGCCUUCUUGUACUGUACCUGACCACUGCUCACACAAAGAUCCCCCAUGUCCCAUGGUCAACGCUGGGACUGUGCUUCAAUAGCAGUGCCACUAUUCUGUACAUGACAGCUGCAGUGAUUAAUGCUACAUCUGUGCCACAGGCCAUUAGGGGGCGCUAUUACUACAUCAGCUGGAUUACUUCAACGGUAAGAGGAAGAGAAAGAUCAUUUCCUCUUGAGAGCUUGAUUAGUUUGGAAUGGGUUCCAUUACCACACCUCAACACAAUGUCACGUACUGUAAACACUUGUGCUUCUUUUAAUCAUUUUAUAGACAAAAGAAACAAUGUGCAUAUAUAAUAGACAUGGACUCAGUGUCCCCACAUUGAUUGUAAAACAUGAGAACAUUGAUCUCCUGGGGACAGUUUACUUGUUCCCACAAAUACUGUAACCUGCAAGAUAAUAGUUUCUUAAACAGCUUCCUUCCAAUACAUAUGACCCAUGCUGAUUUCAAAACAACCUUCUCCUCUUUUCAGGUAUUUGCCUUCUUAGUUGUGCUUUGUUAUGCAGCAAAUUCAUAUGUGAGCUACAAAUCCUGGAGAUCAAAAAGUGAUGAUGCCUAAACAAAAUGACUGGAAUCACAUAUGAUUUACAAAAUUAUUUUUAAUUGGAUGGCAUUCUGUGGGCUUUUUUUUAAUUCUCAUGCACUAACCCAUCAAUUUUAAAUGGUUUGUUUGGCAUGAAGAAUGCUACAGUAUUUUUAUACUCACCUGUAACGUCUUUAAAACAAGAUGCUUAUAUGUUAUGUACAUUUGAAUUGUUCUUUAUUUUGUAUAUUUUCUUUAUGGUUUUUGCACUAUUUGUGUACUAAUUAGGGGAUAUUUGCUUAUAUUUUAAAUUAGAAUAUAUAUGGGGAAACCAAAUUCCUAAAUAAAAAUAUAGUUCAUGUAUAUUUGUUGUAUAGGUACUUUGUAUUUCUGUAAAGUUUACCAUAAGACAGUAAAAACAGUUUCUAAUAAUACUGCAUAUGUAAUGCUCUGUAAACAAUACAACAUUUAAUCCAUACAACAAUUAAUGCAAAUAAAAAGUCUGAGUAUUCUGG